AUGUCGACGACCCAGAUCGCGCUCGACCGCAUCAACGCGGUGCUCAACGCGGCCGGUCUCGACGACACCAUCUUCUCGCUCCGCGACGCCAACUCGUCUCUCUUCCUCCUUCUCUUCAAGAAGCUGUUUGCGCGGACCCUUCCGGGCGUGCAGGCCGCGCCGGUGGGCGAGCAGGAGCACGCCGCGAACUACGAGGUGCUGCUGCGGGCCAUCGGCGACGACGUCCUCGGCAUGGACCUCUCCCAUCUCUCGCCGACGCAGCUCGCCGCGGGAGAGCUCGCGCCGCUGUGCAACCUCGCCGAGAUCUUCUCCGAGCU